CCCCUGUUGAACCAGUGAGCUGGGGAGGACCGGGAGAUGCGGAGGUUUGAGGAGCAGAAACAUCCAGAUGACCUGCGAGGCUUCAGGUGUCAACUCUCCGACUGAGAAGCUCCAGCUGAUUCAUCUGUGGUGCCGUUACUGCGUGUACUCACCGCGGGCCGCCAACCUUCACUGAGCUCCUCAGUCUCUGAACAUGACGAGUCAGACUGUUGCGGCCCUCGGCCAAGAACUGUCGGUGCCCUCUCUGCUGGGUGUGGAGUCCAGGCCUCAGGGAGGAUCUGGGUCCUUCACUGAUGAGGCUGUGUCCAUCCUGACCUCCACGAGCCAGCUGGCCAGAACCCUGCUGGGCCGCACUUUUGCACUCAAGCGCAAAGACAGCCUUUGUAACACUGAAGCAAUGGUCGGAAGCAGUUGUGAAGAAGACAAUGGCAACAAUGUGCGCCGUAAACGGGAAUUCAUCUCCAGCGAGAAAAAAGAUGAGGGCUAUUGGGAUAAGAGGAAAAAGAACAACGAGGCGGCCAAACGCUCCAGGGAGAAGCGAAGGGCAAAUGACAUGGUGCUGGAGAGGCGCGUCAUGGGUCUGCUGGAGGAGAACGCCCGUCUGAGGGCCGAGCUGUUGGCCCUCAAGUUUCGCUUUGGUCUUGUCAAAGAUUCGUCCGACAUGUCCAUCCUACCACUCUCUGCGCCUGUCCGUACCUACAAAACACCCAAUACACCACAUUACUACCAGGCUCACGCUGAAUGCCCCCCAUACCUCAACACACAGCCCAGCGCCCACCAGGUCCACUCUCAACCUCCACCACAGGGUCCCAUCUAUGGGCCGAGGUCAGCCGAGCCACUUUUGAGUCAUAAUGCAUCAGAGGAGUCUGUUGUCUACAACUCAUGCAGCUCAAAUGUGGGCAGCCCAGGGUUUUGCGAAGACACAGUAUGUGAGUGCAGCAGGCCUUCUCCCAGGGAGCUGCUGGAGGAGCGGCCAGUCUGUGGCUCGCACGUCGCUCCGGUGGAGGUCAAUGAGAGUCAGUACGCAAGCAGACAAGACUCACCCGAGGGUUUGAAAAGCCUUCCACACAAGCUCCGCUUCAAAGGUCCUGGGGGGAGCAGCAAUGGAUGUGAGAUGCUGCCAUCACCUGAGAGCAGACACCAUGGCCCACCUGUAGCCACGGUGGGACCCAACAUCCAUGUCAACAACCACCAGCAGGCAGGGUGGGAUGGUCAGGCCGACGGCCAGGCUCCGUAUUCCAGGGAGGAGCAGUAUCAGGUUUUACCCUCAUAUUACAAUUCUUUUCCACAGAACUCAAGGGACAACAAGGAUUGGACAGAGGACACCAACCUGCGGUCGCAGAUCAGCUGUUUGUCCCAGGAGGUGGCUCAGCUCAAGAAGCUCUUCUCUCAACAGCUGCUCUCUAAGAUUGCUUAAAACCCGAGGAGAGGAAGGUCAAGGCUAACACAUCUCUCCAAACCUUCAGUCCCAUGGUUCAUUUGCACGGUUUAGCGUGGCAACCUCUGAAUCGACGAACACUACUGACAGAACCAGCGUUAUUCACAGUUUAGUGUCAUGUUUAUACAAACUCAAUAUGUGUCAUUCAUCAAGUGUCCAUGGAUCGAGCUGAACUGACCUCAGAAACACUGCAAGGGGAUGUUGGAAAGAACCAUGGUUAAUACAAUAUGUGAACAUUAACACACGUACCCUCCCAUACAGUGGUUUUAUGUGUAACAUUAACUUGUGUUAAAUAUGUGAUAAAUGUGAAUAUAAAUGCCUUUUUGGGGCGUACAUUG